UAAACACAGACACUGUCAAUUUUAUCAUUUUCACAUUUCCAAAAGCACUAUCAUUUUACUAAUGUGCUUUUGUUUUCACUGUUUUUGAAGAAAAGUAUGGAGGAUCCUGCUGUAUUGUUGUGCAGGCGGGCCGAUAAAAGUGUUGCUAUCAUUUUGUCACAGAAUUUGGAUUUUGAGUCAUUGGUUAGCAAGUUGUCUCACAAAUGGAAGGAUUUGACUCAAGGUUGCUUUGAAAUAUCUUAUACCCUAGAUGGUCAUCCAAACUGUGAUGUUGGCUGUGACGAAGAUAUGAUUGCCUUACGUACUUCAGCAACGAAGUUUAGAAUUGGUCGUAUUGAUGUUUUUGUUCAUGACUUGAGUGGAUCUAAUACUAGUUUGAAUGUUGGAGAGUGUGGUGAUAGAUUUAGUUCUAGUUUGAAUGUAAGAGGGUCUAGUGAGUUGAUAUCUGAAAUUGACAAUGGUUCUGAGAUGACAUUGUCGUUAUAUGAUCAAGAAAGGAAGCAGUUGAAGUCAGAUGCUUGGCGCAUUGCGAUUAAGGGAGUUGAUCAGGUAUUUGUUGGUGGUGCUGUUGCUUUCCGCAACUCUUUAAGCAAGUAUUCGUUAUUUCAUGGCUUUCAAUACAUUUAUGCUAAGAAUGAUGCUGAGACUGUGAAAGCACGUUGUCGUACAUUGCAUUGCACAUGGUUUGUGAAGGCCAAGGUAGAGAAGCCCAGUGGACUGUUUAGGAUAAAAGAGUUGAUGAAUGAGCAUUCUUGUGGGGCUGCAUCGUUGUCGACUAGUAGUUCUCGUAGUAGUUCUAGUUUGAUAGGCAGAAUAUUUUCAGAAGAUAUUCGGUUGAGUCCGUCGAAACGUCCCGUGGAUGUUAGGAAGGAGUUAAAGAAAGACUAUGGGAUAGAUGUGACUUAUAGAAGAGCAUGGAUGGGUGUUGAGAAGGCUAGAAGUUUUGUGUAUGGGGAUUAUACAAAAUCCUUUAAGGAAUUAACAUGGUUUGUGAAUUCCUUUAAGGCUUCAAAUCCUGAUAGCGCAUGUGACUUAGAGUGCGAUGAGGCCCAGCGUUUCAAGAGAUUGUUUGUCGGGUUUGCAACUUGCAAGCACGGGUUUAAAUUCUGUCUACCUCUUCUGUUUCUUGAUGGAACUUUUUUGAAGGGAACUCACAAAGGAUGUUUGCUCGCUGCUUGUGCUAAAGAUGGCAACCGAGGUCUAUAUCCCAUUUGUGUCGCUAUUGUCGAUUCUGAAAAUUCAGAAAAUUGGCACUGGUUUAUGUUGAAGUUGAGAGAUUUUUUGGAUUUUGAUAAGGAAGUAGUGUUUAUAUCUGAUCGCCAUGAAGGGUUGUUACGAGCUGUAGAAUCUGUUUUCCCGUCUUCACCCCAUUCGUAUUGUCUACUUCAUCUUAAAGCCAAUUUAAGGAAGCAUAUGGGGGGGUUAGACACAAAAAAGAAGAAACAUAUUGUGGCCUUAUUCCAUAGGUGUGCUUGUGCAGCAAAAGUACAAGAGUGUGACAAGCUUUUGAGUUGGUGGAGAAAAAGAUAUGGUGAGUUGACUUCCAAUCUUGUUGAGUGCUUUAAUAAUUGGAUUAGAAAGGAGCGUCGAUUGCCAAUAACUCAACUUGUUGAUAAGAUUAGACUAAAGUUAAUGGACCAAAUGUGUGAUAGGAGGGAGUUGGCAGCAAAGUGGAAAACUGUUAUUUGUCCAAAAUGGGACAAGAAAUUGGUUGAGUUGUUUGGUCUAUCGAAGACAUGGAAUGUAGUUAGGUCAAAUGGAGAUUUAUAUGAAGUGCAGUCUGAUCCGUCAGUUGGUGUUGACAUUGUGCGUCGUAGUUGUUCUUGUGGAGAUUGGCAGCUAAACAUGUUCCCGUGCGUUCAUGGUGUUUGUGCAUUGAAGAAAAGUAAGAAGGACUUAAAUGAUUACAUGGAACGUUGCUUCUUCUCUGAAUCUUAUCGUGAGGCGUAUUCGAAAUGCAUCAAUCCUGUACCUAGGAUUUGGCAAAAUGUUGAUCUUGAUGUUGCUAAUGAUAUUCUUCUUCCUCCACUGUGCAAGAGACCUCCCGGACGACCUCGGACAGAAAGGAUACCAUCAACAGGAGCAAAGACCAAAAAAGUUACUUGUAGCAGGUGCGGACAGGUUGGAUAUGCCUGUUUUGUGCCUGUUUUACCGCUCCCCAUGUCUGGGUAUGUCAUGAAAGUGGUGACCAUUUUUAACUUCAGAAUGGCUGCUGCUGAUGAUUCUGAGGCCUAUUCGGCCAUGUUGGAUGCAUUUGCGGAGGAACAAGGUUUUGCCUCUGCUGGAUAUUUGGUUAUGGAAGCACAACCAAAUAUUUGGCCGCCGUUGUGUACAAAUGAUGUGUCUGCCACUGGACGAAAUGCACCACUAUAA